UAACGAUCUCUUGAAUCUCAGGAAUAUCCUGAUCUAAAUAACCAAGAAUGACUGUUGAGGAAUUCACAAGCAAGAGCUACGACUACGUUGUAUGUGGCGGUGGCACAGCUGGUCUCGUUAUCGCAGCUCGGCUGAGUGAGGAUCCCAAUGUGACUGUCGCGAUUCUUGAGGCUGGUGGCAAUGGCCUGGACGACAUGUUGAUUGAUGCCCCAAAUCUGUUCACGCAGUUGUGGGGCAAGCCGCAGUACGAUUGGGAUUACAAGACCGUUCCGCAGGAAGGCACGAUCGGCAGGGUUCAUGGCUGGGCUCGCGGCAAAGUCCUCGGCGGCAGCUCAGCAAUCAACUACAACAUGUUCAGCAUGGCCUCGCGGCAGGAUCUGGACAACUGGGCCCAGCUUGGCAACAAAGGGUGGGACUUUGACAGUCUGAUCCCGUACUACAAGAAGUUCGAGACGUACCAUCCAGCAUCGGAAACGCUGGGUGCGGGCCUCAACAACAAGUACCUCGACAAGUCACUGCGCGGCACUUCGGGCCCAAUCCACAUUUGCUUUUCUGAGACAGAUGUAGCGCCCAUGCAGGACAUUUGGCCGAAGACUGUUCUCAAUGCGGGAUACAAGGAGGCAAAAGACCCUCGUACUGGAUCUGCCAUUGGCGGUUUUAACCAGCUGAACACUAUCGAUCCUCAGCACAGGAGACGAAGCUAUGCGGCACGAGGCUACUAUGAGCCCAAUGCCGAUCGGCCCAAUCUGGCGCUGCAGCUCAAUGCUUUGGUGUCUAAGAUCGACUUUGAGACAUCUGAAGGCGAUGUGAAAGCUACAGGCGUCCAGUUCAUUGUUGAUGGCUCCACACACACAGUCAAGGCUAAGAAAGAAGUGAUCAUCAGUGGAGGAGCAAUCAACUCGCCGCAGAUCCUGGAGCUCUCUGGCGUCGGCUCACGCACGGUUUUGGAGAAGGCCGGUGUAGAGGUUGUCGUCGAACUAUCCGGCGUCGGGGAGAACCUCAAUGACCACACAGCGACAGGUGCUGUGGUGGGAACAAUCGACGAAGUACCCUCCGCCGAGGCACUCUACCGAAACCCAGAGAUCAUGCAACAGGCCCUGAACGCCUACAUCGAGCACAAAGCCGGGCCCUUCGUCGGCGCCCCAACAACCACCGGCUUCGCCUCCCUCGAGAAGAUCCAGCCCGACUUCCCAAACGCAGAGGCGCACAUCCAAUCCCUCGUCUCCGAGUUCCAAAAAGCGAACCCGGACGCCGACCCCGCAGGCCGCGACCCGCUGCUCGCCUCGCAGCUGCUCAACCCGCGCGAAGCCGUGUGCCAGAUCGUCGGGCUCCCGACCGGCGCCAACUUCCAGAACGCGGACACCCCGAGCAAGCUGUUCCCGUGCGACGAGGACGGCAUGUGGGUGACGCUGGGGUGCUGCUCGACGCGCUCGCUGUCGCGCGGCAACGUGCACAUCGUGUCGGCCGACGCCGCCGCGCAUCCCGCCAUCGACCCGGCGUACUUCAAGCACCCGCUGGACGUGGACAUGAUGGCGCGCGCGCUGCUGCACACGCUCAGCUUCACGGAGGUCGAGCCGCUGAAGUCGGCGCUGCGGCGGGACGCCGAGGGCGCGCCGAUCAUCGCGAAGACGACGACGGGUGGGAAGUUGCCGAGGACGCUGGACGAGGCGAAGGAGUUUGUGAGGGGGAACACGGUGACGGAGUAUCACCCUGUGGGGAGCUGUGCGAUGUUGCCGCGUGAGAAGGGCGGAGUGGUGGAUGAUAAGUUGAGGGUGUAUGGGACGAGGAAUGUGAGGGUUGUGGAUGCGAGUAUCUUCCCGUUGCAUGUACAGGGGAAUAUCGUGAGUUUGGUAUAUGCGGUUGCUGAGAAGGGAGCAGACUUGAUCAAGGAAGCGAUAGGGGCGGGGACGAACGGGGUGAACGGACACUGAGCUUGUAGGUUAGGUCAUUUCCAGGAUAGCUGCAAUGAAUGAUUGUGCAGAGAUUGCCUGAAACGCUUGGUGUCGAGAAGUAUCCAUU